GUCUGAGUCAGAGAUGUGACAACGGAAGCAGGGGUCAGAAUGAUGAGCUCAAGAGGCAAGGAAUGUGGGAGGCCUCUGCAGCUAGAAAAGGCAAGGGACAGAUUCUUUCCUAAACCCCUAAAUGCAGUCCUACCAACACCUUGAUUUUAGCCCCUUACAACCUGUUUCAGACUUCUGACCUCCAGAACUGUGAGAGAAUUAAGUUGUGUUGUUGUAAGCCACUAAAUUUGUGGUCAGCCAUAGGAAACUAAUACGCUCCCACACAAAGUCCAGGUGUUGCUGCUGACUUUCUCCAAUUUCAGGACUGUGUCUAUGCCACCAAAUGCACUUCUGAGUGCUCAGCCAUCAGCCACAUACAGACCACAGGUGUGAGCAGGGAUCAAGCGGGCCUCCUGGAGCUUGUGAAGCAAAUGAGAUCUUCCAAAUUGAGAACACCUGCGGCAGGAACCCAGCCUAGUCCUGGAAAAAGUGGUCAGGCUGCCAUUUCACAAACCAGUAAGAACUCGGCUUCCCAAGCUGCUCGCUCCCAAGCAACAACCUUGCCUCUCGUCCCCCUCAUCAGGGACCCCUUCCCAGAACCCUGGCUGGAUGAUGUCACAGACGGGUGACCUCACUGCGGCCAAGGAACCGGGCAUCUCAGUGGCAUGGAAGAGGGGGGAGGAUGUUUCUCUGCCUGCCCACCCCUCCAUGUCUGUGGUGAAAUCGAUCGAAUUAGUGCUGCCCAAGGAUGCGGUCUACCUGGCCGGGUCCUGCAUCAAAGGGCAGGUACUUCUAACCCUGAACAGCACCCUGGUGGACCCCAUCGUGAAGGUGGAGCUCAUGGGAAGGGGUUAUGUGGAGUGGAGCGAAGAAAGCGGGGCCUCCCGCGAUUACAGCAGAGAUGUUAUUUGCAACAAUAAAGCCGACUACGUGCACAAGACCAAGAGGUUCCCAGUGGAGGAUAAUUGGUUAAGUGCAGGCAGCCACACCUUUGAUUUCCAUUUCAACUUACCUCCCAGGCUUCCUUCUACCUUCACCAGCAAAAUUGGCCACGUCUUCUACUUCGUGCAAGCCUCCUGCAUGGGCCGGGAGCACAUUCUAGCGAAGAAGAGAAUGUACUUGUUGGUUCAAGGGACUUCGGACUUCCACAGGAAAAACCCACUGCAGAAUCCCCUGUCCGUGGAGGCUGAGAAGGAGGUCUCCUACAACUGCUGCAGCCGUGGUGCCGUCUGCCUACAGAUCCAGAUGGAAAAGAAUACUUUCACGCCUGGGGAGAGGGUCAUUUUCACCACGGAGAUCAGGAACCAGACCAGCAAAUGCAUCAAGACGGUCAUCUUCGCCCUCUACGCCCACGUGCAGUACAAGGGCUUCACGCCCAAGGCGGGGCAGCGGUUGCGGGUGGACAGCAGCGAGCUGCUCCGGCAGGCGGCCAACACCCAAAUCACACCCUUCAACACUACCAAGAUCGUCAGUACCUUCGGCCUUCCGCAGGUGUUGUCCGUGAGCAGUGACAUGCGAGACAGCGAGAUUAUGAGCACCCAGUAUGAGCUGGUCGGCACCGUCCACCUACCCUGGUCCCUGGCCAGCAUCAAGGCCAAAGUUCCCAUCAUCAUCACCAGCACCCCCCCGGACUCAGACAGAUGCCAGCUGCAGGUGGGGGGAGUGUUACCCGCGAGCGAGGAUUGCCAGAAUUAACUGCCCAAACUUCUAAAUAGUAAAAGCUUUAUGACUCUCCCCGCAGCUUUCUUUGUCUUGCACAGAUGACCUUCGGAAGAGUCUGGGUGUGGGGAACAUCUUACCUGAACCUCCCCAAGUUCUAGUUGUGUCGGCAUCCAUUGCUCCCGUUCCCAAAACAUUCACUGCCAGGAGAGGACAAAGGCGAAUGACAAGCCUUCCAGGACCUCACCCCACUUAGCAUUGCCUGGAUGGGUCUUAUGGUGCUGGAACAAGGCGUCCGCAGCCAGGGGUGGUUCUGUCUUCCAGGGGACACUGGGCGAUGCCUGGGGACAUCUAUGAUUUCAUGACUUGGCGGGAUGCUCCUGGCACCGAGUGGGUGUGGCCACGGAUGUUGUUCAACACCCCAGUGUCCAGGACGGCCCCAAACCAGAGAAUGACCUGGCCCCAAAUGUCAGCAGUGCCAAGGAAGAGAGGCCCUGGGCUGGGGCAACUCAUGGGGAGCACGUGAUUGCUGGGUCCCAGGUCUGGGUCUGUGAGCCUCUUACCCACAUCAACUCCUGCCCCUCCUCCACGCACAGCCCUCCUGGGGCAUCGCCCCUCCCCCCACUCAGGGUAAAAGCCAAAGUGCUCCCGGCAAAGGGCAUGCACAUCUGCCACGUCCAAGCCAUCGGCAAGCCAUCGGGGCUCUUGCUCCUAAAUCUACCCAGAAUUCUCCCAUCCCUCCCAUCCUCUGCCUCCACCUUGCUUCUAUCUAUCCAUCAUCAUCGCUCAUCUGGAACAGUGCAGUCUCUUGCACCUGUGUCUCCAGGCCCCAGCUCCCCCUCCCUGCAAAUCAAGAUCUAGGAAGCCCACUUUAAUUUGAAUUUCAGAGGAACAAUAAAUUUUUUUUUAGCAUAAGUACGUCCCACACCAUCCUUGGUAUAUAUUAUGCUUAAAAAAAAAACUCACUCAUUGUUUAUCUGAUACUCCAAUCAAACUGGGCAUCCUGGGUUUUAUCUGGCAAUCCGAUUCCCCAAGCAACUAGAAGACUCCACACAAAUCGGGUCACCUCACCGUUUGACUUAAAAUCUGUCAGCUCCCCACAACACUGGCCUUGGCCCACAAGGUCCUGCAUGGUCAGGAAUGGAAGAAGGAAUGGACUAGAGUGUUUUCUGGGGCUAAUGACUCUGAAAUAAAUAUCUCUCCAGGCCACCACAGGCAGCACCCGCCUCACCCAGGCCGCAGACAGGAGGCAUAUACACUUGAAUGGCAGCCCCGCCCGCCCGCAGCAUCCCGGAUUCCAGAAGAGGAGGCAGGUAGCUCCAACUGAGCCACUGUUUUAGAUCAAAGAUUUUUUAGGGAGAGUCCAAGCCAAUAGGAUGCCUAGGUUUAUUUAUCUUCUAAUUUUGGGGGAGUGGGGGAGAGAUCCCUCACUUUUAAUCACGUUUUCAGGGCAUCUCCAAAAGAGCUAGUCGGAGUGGGGGUCCUGGCUCCCUGGAGGGGGUCGUGGCUGGGCCAGGGUUUUGCACCCAUGGAGGCCCCUUGACUUGAACUAGUUACUUUACUGGUGGUUGCAAAACAAUGAUUUUUCCAAUCCUCUAGAUUCCUUCUAUAAUUAAUCCUAUAGAAUCCUGAAAUCUGUCCUCAUUAAACACUC